AUGUUUUUGAUUUUACAGCUAUUUGGAAAGAACACGUUUGUGAUGCUUCUUGCUGCAGUGUUCAUUUUGAUAUUGUUCGGUCUAGGGCUUGUUCUUUGUUCAGCUGGAGAAUACCUUGAAGAAAAAAGCGAUGAACUAUUUUAUGAAGUCUGUGGCUUACCCUGGUACAAGCAGAGCUUGAAGUUGCAGAAAACGUAUUUACUACUCCUCUUGCAGAGCUCAAAGACUUUAGUUUUCGACUAUGCUUUCACAUCCUCAUUGAAUUUGAGGUGCUACAUGCAGUUAGUCAAUAAUUCGUUUUCUUAUUUGAUGAUAAUGAAAUCACUUAGUCCUGGUGACGCUGAACACGAAUUAUAAAAGAUAAGGUGCUUUAUUCAUUUUUGUUUCACUGUAAUAGUAAUAAUAGUUUCAUAGCUUGGGC